AUGGCGAUAGGAAGGAAAGAUGAGGGUCCCAUGAACCCCGUGUUUCUCUUCUCCCAUGGCUCGACUAUGAUGCUCGGCGAGGAGAGCAACUCGGCCACCUACUGGAAGAAGUGCGGCGACGAAGCUCUCGCCCAGGGAAUCGAGCACGUUGUCAUGAUGAACGUCUCACUCAGAACAUCCUUCAACCAGGGCGCACACUGGGCCACAAGCGCCCCAGGCGAGGUCCUCAUCUCAGCACACUCCAAACCCGCCAAAUCCCCCGUCGCCUACGUCAACCCCCAAAAGUACCAGCCCUACGAGCUCAACCCGGAUCUCGACUUCAUCCCCACGAUCCAGGCGCACCUCAGCGCCGCCGGCAUAACCUCCAAGACGGAUCCGACCUUUGACUGGAUCCACGACACCUACCUCGUCCUCAUUCGCAUGUUCCCCGGCGGCUGCCCGCCCACGACCUUGAUCUCUAUGAACGAAUUCUAUGAUCCCCACUUCCACGUCGCUGUCGGCGCUGCCCUCCGGCCCCUUAGAGCCGCAAAACACAAGACGCUCUUCAUCGGCUCCGGCGGGUCGGUCCACAACCUCUACCGGAACAACUGGGCGCCCAUGGUCAGCUACCGUGACAACUUUGCCCAGCCGACCCCGCCGGAGCCGUGGGCUAUGGAUUUCCGCCAGGAGGUCAUCGACACCUUCUGCCCAGCCUACGAGGAGGACGUCCCCACUGAAAAGGACGUGUACGGCAAGGCCAUCCGCGGCAAGAAGCCUUGCGGCGGGCCGAUGCUGCGACGGAAGGUAACGAGUUUGAUGAAGCAUCCCAUGUAUCGCGAGGCGCAUGCGACGGACGACCACUUCAUGGCGACCAUGUUCAUCGGCGGUCUGUGUGGAGGCAGAGGCGAUGAGAAUAUGAAGGCCGAGAUGGCCGCCGAGGACUGGGAACUAACCAACAUGUGUAAUUCGCAAUUCAUGAUGGGCAGCUGGCCAGAGGCAAAGUGA